AAUGUUUACGUCGGCUCGAUGGAUACAUCAAUGUCGAGCGAUACCUGUCUGGGAUGGUUGUACAGGCUGCAUCGAAGCUCCUGUACUGCCGGUUCCCGUGGAAAAAUUAAACUUGUCCCGUGGCGCGAAGUUGAGUUAUUCCAAUAUGAGGAACAAGCAGACAUUUCUCUCGACCGUAACCUCAACGGUUGAUACGGUACCUGAAAAUCGUUACCACCAUCAUCAACAACAGCAGCAUCACCAGCAGCAACAGCAACAUCAUCAUCACCAUCAUCAUCAGCAAUCAUCCCUCGAACCAUGGAAACCUGGAAUUCUCACGCGUAAAAGGAACUCUACCAAAAUCAGCAGUGGGACUCCACCAAGCUUACCUCCCCAGUCACCAUCCCCAAAACGUGCGGCUCCAUCGAUUUCACCGGCGGCCAGAGGUUCAGUACCAUCUGCCCCAACAAACAUCAGAACAAAGGACUCAUCGUCACUUUGCUCAACAAGAACCUAUAACGAAGAAGUGCCGCGAGAUGAAACACAGACCUCAAGUAUCUCCACGUGUUCAAUUGCAGCCUGUAACGAUACCGAAGCAUUGUCUAAUACAGGCCAGACCGUAUACAUGAGCGCACAAACAACCAUAGGCGAAGCUGUGGGAAGGACGGCAGAACCUACUACAACGGCUGUGCUUAUACCAGUUAUGUUUAUUGGAUCAGGUGAUAAUAAAUUCGAAGAAGCUCAAAAAACUGUCGUUGUGCAUCUAGAGCAGUUAAAAAGUGGUGAUGAAGAUAUUGGGGAACUUUCCGAUAUAGAUCACAUUUCAACACAUCGAGACAAAUUUGCAGUAGGAGUUACCGGUCAUCACAAUACUCAGAAUGCAAUCGAAGGACACACCGUAAUAUCAGGCGUUAACGGAGACAUAUUUUUAAGCGAUGAACGAAACAGCAAAGAUUCAGAAGUUGUUGGUGCGACCUUGCCGAAGCAGCCGUCUGGAACAUCUGUAAGCCGGUGGUACGAGGAUCGUUCCUUUGUCGAUGAGCUGCAGUGUCUUCUUUGCGGCCAAUCGAUGGAAGCCUUGCAACUGGCGGAUCAUCUGCCAACUACUCACGGCUACAAAUUACCAGAAGUUGGUCGUGGCGCCUUUCUUAAAUAUAUUCGUACAAAAAAAGUUCCGAUAGCAAUAAUGCCAGGACGGGCCCGGAUGAGUGGAAGGGAGGGAGUAGGAGCUUGUCCACAUUGCCCCAGGGUGUUCCUGAAACGUCUUGAUCUGCUCACCCAUAUGCACGAGAGCCAUGCUCAAGAGUUUGUGCUGUUCGACCUCGAGUUCGACUCUUCGGAUCAGUUUGAACAGUGGCUGGAGUUAAUUACGGUGGAGUUCAUGACAGGUUACAGCAAGUAUAGGACAAACGUCAAUGCCUCUGGAAUUAAAACCCAGAUGUAUCUAUGCAGAAUGGAAUCGAAGCCAGUGUGCAAGACGACAACAUAUAAAACAGACCGACGAGCUCGAAAUAGAGCCAAGACGACAUACUGCACAGCCCAUCUGCAGGUCCGCUUCCUCGAAGGGGGAAGACUGCACGUGAAAGGCAGUCCAACUCACAUCAAUCACCCUGUGGAUCUAUUUAAUGCAUAUCGUAGUCUUGAUGACGUUCCAUUUGAUGCACUGCCAGGGUAUGUUGCCAUUACUUCGAAAGCUGCAAACGGCAUGCAUAUAAGAACACUCGAGUUCUGCCAGAAAGUGUUAAAACGAACCCAACACCUGCACGAUCUUUUACAUACGUCGCCUGCUCCAGCGGAUUAUAAUUUUACCAGGCAUUUGCAUACCAAGCUACAGACCCUGGGCGAACUUCUCUCAAAAUAUAAGUUUCGUGCUAUUACUAUUCACGAAGAAGUCGCUUCGGAAGUGAUUGGAGUCUCACAAUGAUUCUGUGGCAUAAAAAAACAUUC